UCUCCUUAUGCAAGAAAGGAAACCCUGACUGAAACACAAAGCCACAGUACACAUUAAUAUUAUGAGGUCUUAGGGUUACACUUCCUAAAAAACAGAAAAAGAUUUGUUUUCCUUGAAUCUUACCAACAAAAUUCUCCUGGACUCAGAAACUGACGAGAGAAGGAGAGAAAGAGAGAGGGGGAGAGAGAGAGAGAGAGAGAGAAUGAAUUCAUCCCAGCCAUCUACAUCAGAAGGCACAGGGGAAGAUUGACCACGUUUGCAUAUUUCUCUCUACAGAGAAAGGAUGCUUAUCUUCCCAAGUGCUCUUAUGGACUGUUGCUGGGGUCUCCAUGCUACUGCUCAGCGCCUGUUUCAUCACCAGAUGUGUUGUGACAUAUCGUGUUUUUCAACUCUGUGAUGAGAAUAAGUUCCAGCCACAUGAGGCGUUCAUGGACUUCUCCUGCUCCAAUGAUGGAUCGGGUUCAGUCAAGAAUUGCUGUCCAACAGACUGGGUGCAUUUUCAAUCUAGCUGCUACUUCUUUUCUACCAACACCAUGUCCUGGACAUCAAGUUUAAAAAACUGCUCCGACAUGGGAGCUCAUCUGGUUGUUAUCAACACACAGGAGGAGCAGGAAUUCCUUUUCUUUGCGAAACCUAAAAGGAGAGAGUUCUAUAUUGGACUGACAGACCAGGUGACCGAGGGUCAGUGGCAAUGGGUAGAUGGAACACCUUUCUCAGAAUCUCUGAGCUUCUGGGAUGUCGGGGAGCCCAAUAAUAUAGUGACAGUGGAAGACUGUGCCACCAUCCGAGACUCUUCGAAUCCCAGGAAAAAUUGGAAUGAUGUGCCCUGUUUCUUCAAUAUGUUUCGGGUUUGUGAAAUGCCAGAAAUAAAUCUUUCAAGCAACAAAAAAAUUAUCUAAGAGCAGAAAGCACAACUUAAAUGCAUAAAUACGGAGACACAAGAGCAUGAACACAACUCCAACCUGAGAGAAGUGUGUCCCACACUUGAUGAGGACUCCAUAGGGACUUCAGGGGGACUUUGUUCCUUUCACUACCAAUAAAAAUAAGUCGUUUUGAAUGUUA